AUGGAGAACUUCCCCCACGUCGUCAGCAUCAACAUGCAGCCCUACGGCCAGAACGGGGCAGGAUCCCCGGCCACCGCCUUUGGCCCCACCAUCACCUCUUUUGUUCAGCCGGAGCCCGUCCCCGCUCCCCGGGACUUUGUGCUCUGGUCCUUCUUCAACGCCAUGUUCUGCAACCCCCUCUGCCUGGGCUUCGUCGCACUCGUCUUCUCCAUCAAGUCCAGAGAUAGGAAAAUCGCCCGGGAUCCGGGAGCUGCCGACAGCUACGGGAGGACAGCCAAGCAUCUGAACAUCGCGGCAUGCUGCCUGGGCAUCGUGGGUACCAUCAUCUGUAUCGUGCUGCUGGUUCUGUACUACAACAGCUUGCAGGCAGGCAGCCGCCGCUAA